UUUGACACUGAACUUUACCGCUUUGCCUACUUUCAGUUAACAAGUGACGUGUUGACAACUCCCAAAAUAUGUAGCCACAAUAGAAGCAAGUAGUUAAAGGGGAUAUGUGUAAACUUUAAUUUGACAAACACUAUGGGUGUGUUCAAGUACUCCCUCGUGGACUUCGUCUUUAUUCUUUGUGGACUAGUGUUCUUGCUGCUUGACAUAGGGCUGGAUAUAUGGGCAGCUGUGACUUUCUACCAAGAAAAAGCCUACUGGAGCCUUGGCAUCCUGCUGCUGCUGCUCAUCGGCUCGUCCAUUCUUGUUCAGGGCUACAGCUGGCUGUGGUACAGCUAUGAGGAAUUUAAGAGGCAGACAAAGGUUGAAAAUUGCCUGAGCCCGAGCCAGCUCAGGCUGCUUCAUGUUUUCCAGCUGGGGAUCUACUUCAGGCAUGCAGGUGUAGUGGAGAUCUCCUUAUGCAACUCCUACUCAGAGGUCGAUGACCCCGAGGGUACAGCAGUGUUCCUGAGCCACGACCUGAGCAUGCUGCGGCUCAUAGAGACAUUUUCGGAGAGUGCCCCUCAGCUUGUCCUCAUGCUCACUAUCAUUAUGCAGCGGGGCGAGCUUGACCCUGUGACAGUGUUAAAGGCCCUUGGGUCAGCCUCAGCCAUCGCCUUCAGUGUGACCAUGUACCACCGAUCCCUGCGCUCCUUUCUGCCCGACAAACAGAAACAGCAGAUGAUCUCCUCGUUAGUCUACUUCCUCUGGAACCUGUUCCUCAUUAUGUCUCGUCUAACCGCCCUCGCCCUCUUUGCCUCCGUGCUGCCCUGCUUCAUCUUCACCCACUUCUUGUGCUCUUGGAUGGUGUUAUUCUUUUUCGUCUGGAGAGCCAAGACGGAAUUCAUGGACAGUGCUUGUGGAGAAUGGCUUUACAGAGCCACUGUGGGCCUCAUCUGGUAUUUCGACUGGCUUAAUGUGGUCGAGGGGAGGACGAGGUACAGGACUCUGCUCUAUCAUGGCUACAUACUGGUUGACAUUUCCCUCCUCUGUGGUCUGUGGUGCUGGAAGAUGAGCACAGAACCGCCUUAUUUUGAAAUCCCACCCCUGUAUGCUGUCAUCACAGCAGUCAGUGUUGUUGGGGUUUACAUCCUUGGCCUCUUUUUUAAGAUGAUAUAUUAUAAGUACAGCCAUCCAAGCCUGGCCAAGGAGGAGCUAAAAGGGGACACUGCAGAAAACUCCAGAGUUGGACAGGGACCUACUAGGACUCUCCCUGGAGAUGAGACAGACUUUCCUAUAUCCUCAUUGGAAGAUUUAGACGUGGAGAAGGAGAUUACAUAUCGUAGCUGGCCAAGCCCACCUGCACCGGUCACUAAACGCUGCAAUAAAAGAAUGAAGAAGUUGGCUGAGAACUUCUACACCUGAGCAGCGUCACCUGACAUCCACCAGACACGGAGGUUAGACUGACUCAUGCAGACUUGACAAGCCUCAUUAAUCAAGAUCAUGAGGUUGUGUGGGAUAGAGGGACUGUGACCUGCUCCCUGAUUCAACCUCAUGGGAAACGACUACAAGUCACGACUGCUGUGUUCUCAUGAGCACUGUCUUCACUGCACUAACUGGUGCUGCUAUGUGCCGAUCAUCAUGUAAUUUAUUUUCCUUUUCAAGGAUAGGUUCACUUUUUUUAAGUCUGCCUUAAAGUGAUACUUACAUGCCCAUAUGUACACUGAAAUAGUUUUGGGUUGCUGUAAUUUUCCUUCUUGUUCGUACUGCCUGUGGAGAGAUUUUUCUCCUUCAGACAUGAUUUCAAGUAUUUCAAAUAUUUCUUUCUCCCUCAUUGAAAAAUUCUGGAUCUGGCCUCUGCCCUGCCCACCACUGCUGCUUGUCUUGGACUGAUUGGUGAAGGGGAGUGUGCAUCUAAAUGGCUUGUGUUAAGCCUUAUCUAUGGUUUGGUGCAUGACACUUUUGAUGAGUGUCGCUUGAUAGAAAAGACGUAUUUCCAACGGGAAAAAAGAGUCACCAUAAAAGUCGGUGACUGUUGGAACAGUGGACUAACUAAUGAGAUCCGUAGUCAGACGUGUUAUCCAGUGCACCACUGGCCCGCAUGACUAACUUAUUAGAUGACUAAAAAGAGUAACCGAGAUGGAUUAUUUGGUUUCUGAUGAGUUUAAAAGAGGGUUUUACAAUGAGUUUGCUCAGUCAGUUAAGCCAGCCUUAGUUCCAUGUCUGAGAGAAAUUUGAAUUCAAAAGGCGUAGUUGUAUUUUUCUGUUUUAAUGAGGAAAAUAGGUGUGAGAAUAUGACUUAGAUGAACAUUUUGUGAGUUUAUAUUAUGUAUUUAUUUGUCUGAAAAAGCUAGAGUAUGCGGAAAGUAGUGGGAUGGGGGCAUAGCAGUGGCGCACACCCAUAUCAUGGUAUACUGGAUACCCCUGUGUGAAAUUUUAGGAAAGUAUGAGGGUAGGAAAAGUGAGAUAUUACCCAAGCCUUCUGUGAUGUCACACAUUGUUUUAUGAACUCCUGUUUUGGCCUUGAGUGCCACCUUGGAUUUUUGGAGCAAGAAGUGACCCUAACACUAGCUGCCAGACUGGUUACACAAUGCAUUUACAGCUGUUAACUGUGAUCUUGCUUAUGCUAAUGCUAAUUUUUGUUAGUGGAGAAUUUUAAUUUUUAAUUUAAUUUUUUAAUACUUUAUAUUUUUUUAUUUUAUAUACUUUAUUAAUCCCUGAGGGGAAAUUCAAUUCUUGCACUCUGUUGUCAAUUGCACACAGGUUUGAACACACACAUGCACAAACAGGACCUAUACAUGCACUAAGUGGAGAGAUGUCAGAGUGAGGGGGCUGCCCAUGACAGGCACUCCGAGCUGUUGGGGGGGUUCGGUGCCUUGCUCAAGGGCAACUCAGCAGUGUCCAGGCUCCAUAUUUUGGUCCGGGCGGGGACUUGAGCAGGCGACUCUCCACUUCCCAACCCAAGUCCCCAUGGACUGAGCUACUGCCACCCCAAGAACAAGCUUAAAUCCAUGAUUACAAAAUGUUCUUACUAGAAAACCCUAACACCCAACUCCUUUGAGGAUCUUUGAGUAUGACCAAGUGCUGUACAGACAUUUUUUAGUCGACCAAAAUGUUAAAAUUGACUUUCGUGAAAGGUAUUAAUGCGAGGAAGGUGACUGAACUAUAUUGUUGUGAAAGCUUAUAGUUGAAUAGCAUUAGGGGGGAUGUCUUUGGCAUGUAUGGAAGGGAGGAAUGAUUGUUAACAACCAAUAAGGACCAGUCUAUUAACAGCUGCCCAGAAACAUCUUCCAAUAUCACAUUUAUCAUUAAGAAACAGAUUUUUACUGAAAAUGUUUAUGGAUUAUAUUUAUAACAGAUGUUGUCUGUCAAUAAUUUGUAAUUGUAUUUUUGUAUACAAUUGUAUUUUUUUUUAUAGUAAUAUAUAAUAAACCAAAACUUGAGUCUGAAACUUUUUGAAAUUUAUUUACACUGUAAUGAGUGUCUAAGGUACACAGGGAAACCUUACAGGGCUGUGUCGAGGUCCCAAACAGCUACUGUGGGGAACAUAGUGAUUAUUGUAAUUAAAUUAGCAUCGAUUAUUAUGAUGGUGCUCCAUUUACAGGAUCACAUUCAGGCUCUCUACAUGUGGCCUCACAGGUCCUUGAAAAUGAGAUGAAAUACAUUAAAAAACAAAACAUUAACAUACAGUAUUUUAAAAAUAAUAACAGUAUUUGGCAUUGGAAAGAAUAUAGCCCCUUAAACAUUGCCAUGGUCAUUAUUUAACAGCCAUGGUAUACUUCAAAACAGACAUGACAUGCAGACAAAGUAAAGAAAAAAACAGAAAACACAUUUAAUAUGCAGACAAAAAUGCAAAGAUUGCAUAUGGUCUCAGUUUUCUCAAACACCAGGACUGAUAGAUUUACCUUUAAUUCACACUGAACAAUCAAACAUGCCUUUCACUUUAGUAAUCUGCAUUAAAAAUACCAUGUAUUUAGAUCGUGAUUGUCUCUAAGCGAUGCUAAGCGUUUCACAGCAACAAAACAAACGCAAUCUCCUUUUCAAAAGGAAGCAGAAAUCUAAUACAAAGCAGAAACUGAAUGCUGAUGGUGGGAUUUCCACAAGUAAAUUUACAUGAAACACAAAUGUGUUGUCAAUCCAAAUUGAGACAUCUAUUCUUUGAAAACAUAACUGAUAGCAAAGUAACUGUUCUUCGGCCCUUCACUAUAAUUUUCUUUAAACACUGAGCAACCCACAUGAACUUUUCCCCAAAAUGGAUGUAUAGUUUUCUAGGAGGAGGCCUUUCAAAUACAGUGCAGACAACACAAUCAAAUCAAACAAAGUCUAGUAACAAAAAAAAAACACUUAAAAAAAGUAUUGAAUUAAAAAAAAGUAAGAUAACACUUUGGAUAAUAUAACAAUGCAGUGAUAAAUGUAUCAAACAAAAUCUUUCCCUUUGAGAUUAUGCAUACAGUUGAUGGUUAAAGGCACAAUAUAAAUAUGCACAGUCACGCAAGACAAACAAAAAUUACACAGAAAUACACAUUCUUAACGGUCAAGCUGCAUGUGUGUAAAUACGAAGUCUUCUUCAGGCUCAGUAUUGUUCAGUCAUAAUCUCACACGGACCGGGGGACAGUCGAUCAACUCCUCCGGCUUCUCUCACCAUCUACAAAAUGACAAGUCCCUUGAAAUACAGUCAGUGAGCAAAGUAGAAAUGUAUUGCACAGUCAUCAUCCUUUGUGUAAAUUUGUCCCCUCUGAUACGCCUCCAAGAGGUUGUGGGUUGAAAUGUGGCUGAAAAUUCAAAGCUAUGGUUGCACUUAUUGGAUACACUUAAAUUCCUAAAUUUUAACUAGAGCUGAAACAAUUAAUUGAUGAGUCUGCAACUUUUUUUUUUUU